GGCAGAUCGAUACAGUUCAGUAGCAACCAUCCGAUCGUGCCAUGGUUUGCGGUAAGGAAACGUUGAUCGCCCUCGGCACGCUGCUGCUUGCCUGCAGUCUGCUGGAGUGGGCCGAAGCUCGUGGAGCCACCAGGCCCAGCCUCGACGUUGGGCAGCGGUUGCGUGCGUUGAAAGCGCGCAAAGCGUCCGCAGUCAAUGGUGCAACACUGCCCAAGUUCAAGCCGUGGGAGGCGGGCCUGGGCGUCUACAAGGAGGGCGACAUCAUGGAGCGAGCAGUCCGCCAGCGGAACGGUGUGGCGCUGAGCGCCUUCCCGAAUGCGCGCUGGCCGAACGCAGUCGUACCGUACGUGGUGACGAACACCUUCACGACAACACAGCAGGGCGUCAUUCAAUCAGCAAUGGCACAGAUCGCUGCCGCCACGUGUGUCCGGUUCGUUCCGCGCAGCACGGAAGCGCUGUACGUGACGAUCGGCAACGGCGAGAGUGGCUGCUGGUCGUACGUUGGCCGCAGUACGCGCAACAGCGAGAACCAGGUGAACCUGCAGAGCCCGGAGUGUGUGGACAUCGGUACGGUGGUGCACGAGCUGAUGCACGCGAUCGGUUUCUAUCACGAGUUUACGCGCCCGGAUCGUGACGAGUGGGUGACGAUCGAUCAAGGCGCACUAGCGGCCGAGUACCAGACGGCCACGUUCUACGCCGACAACUACGGCAAGAUGGCGGCCAGCGACGUGGUGCUGUACGGCCGCAAGUACGACUACGGCAGUGUGAUGCACUACUCCAAGUACGCGGCAGCAGCAAGCCGUACGCGCCCCGUCAUGAACAACCUGCAGCCCUGGACCGGUGACUUUGGCAACGAUAACGGCCUGUCGGCGGCCGACAUCAUCGACAUCAAUUACAUGUACUGCAAUGGGACGACCACGACCGCGGCACAGGCGGCCACGACUACUACCACUGCCAGGCCCGCUACCACCACGACAACGACUGCACGCCCGGUCACUACCACGACAACGACUACGACCCGGGCACCAACCACCACGACCCGGGCUCCAACCACCACGACCCGAGCUCCAACCACGGUACGUCCGGGCAUUUUCACCACGCUUAUCCAGGUGCCAGUAACUCGCUUCCUCGAGAUACUUCGCUCACUGCCACUGUUUAACCUGUUCAGCUUGGGCUGAGCGCACUAGCGUGCCAGUAUCAAUUCCUGCCCCUCCCUUCCACAUCAUGUAAAGUCGAACUGUCUAAAUAUAUUGUAUGCAAAAACACAAAACCAGCGCUCGAAUAAAGCAAAACCUUGUUAACAAAGUA